AACGAGAAAAAUGGAUUAAAUUAAUAGGCAGAAUAUUGUCACCAAAGUCUGUUAUUUGUGAGGUACACUUUGAUGAUAACCAAUUUGAACAAGCUCGACAAGAUGAAAGAAAACUGCUUCGCCCAAAUGCAAUACCAAAUUUGUUGAGAAAACGUAAAGCAAAGAAAGGAAAAUCUUAUGAUCAUAUUGAAACAAUCAAUACUGAAACAACCACUGCAAUGAUCCAUACUGACAUAUCAAUAUUGGAUACCAAUACUACACUAAAUUAUGAUAUCAAUACUGAAACAACGCAUACCGAAGCAAUCAGUACUCAAGCAAUAGAAUACGAUACCAAUACUCAAGCAACGUAUAUCGAAACAAUUAAUACUGAAACAAUGGAACAUGAUAUCAACACUGAAGCAAUGGAACAUGACAUCAAUACUGAAGCAAUGGAACAUGAUAUCAACACUGAAGCAACUAAUACUGAAGCAAUGGAACAUGAUAUCAACACUGAAGCAACGCCUACUCCAGCAACAAAUGACAUAUUAACAGCAUCAAGUACAAUUAGUGAAAAAGAACAGAUUAAGCACUUACAGAUAACGUUGAAAAAAACGUUGCGGCAGUGCAGUCAAUUGAAAAGAAAAUUGAAAAAACAAGGUGAUAAUUUUGAAAAAGUAUUUACAGAAGAUCAACUAAAGUUUAUCCGAAAUAACACACAAAGAGGAGCAUCGUGGUCUGAUGAGACUAUGAAUAAAGCAUUAAAAUUAUACGUGGCCUGUGGACAAAAAGGAUACGAGGAAAUGCGUCGACAAAAUUUGCCUUAUCCAAGUAUACGAACUAUUCAAUAUCACAUAAAAU